GUCUAUAAUAACCACGAACAGGGCAAAUUGCACAGACCUAAAUAAUUGGUAAUGCCAAACUGUCAUGGUUUCUGAGUGAAGUUCACGGACCGUCUAGUUCAGCGAAGAUGGACGAUGGAGUGGAAGAUGAAUCCCACGUGGACUACGCUACACUCAACAAACUUCGACUGGAUGGCAAGUUCUGUGAUGUGGUCAUCCAAGUGGAGGGCUUUACGAUGAAAGCUCACAAGAUUGUCCUGUGCGCCUGUAGCCCUUACUUUCGUGCCCUCUUUACAGGCAACUUGAACAGCUCACACAAGAGCACGUACAACAUCCCUGGUGUGCUUCCGGAGAUGAUGAAGAUCAUCAUCGAGUACGCCUACACGCACUCCGCGGUGAUCACCGAGGGCAACUUGGAGUUCCUGCUGCCGGCCGCUGACCAGCUGUGUGUCCUCGGACUCGUGCAGGCCUGCGCCGAGUUCCUGGAGGCCCAGCUGUGCACGGACAACUGCAUCGGAAUCUGGAGGUUCUCCGACGUCUACUUCUGCCCCUCCCUGCAGCGCCGGGCGCUCCGCUUCAUCCUGCAGAACUUCCAGGAGGUGGGCCGCACCUCCACGGAGCUCCUGGAGCUCACGCCCGCCCAGCUCUCCCACAUCGUGGAGAAGGAUGACCUCAUCGUCAAGCAGGAGGACAGGGUGUUCGACGCCAUCCUGCGUUGGACGGGUCACAUGCCGAACAAGCGCAAAGCCUACCUCUCUCAGUUGCUCUGGAAGGUUCGAUUGGCCCAGAUGAACGCUGACUACUUCAUGAGCAGCAUGAAGACCAGUGUAUUGAUGAAGGACAAUGAGGACUGCAAUCGGAUCACCGUACACACCCUGAGGGCCAUGUGUCACCUUCAAAAGACAAACUUUGUCGGCGCCAGCAGGUAUAGCAGCCUGUGCCGGCCACGCCUGCCCUACGCAGUCCUGCUGGCCAUCGGGGGCUGGAGUGGGAACAGGCCCACCGAUGUGAUCGAGUCCUACGACACGCAGGCCAACUGCUGGGUGACGGUGGCACAGAUGGAGGGCCCCCGGGCCUACCACGGCACGGCCUGCCUGGGGGGCUUCGUGUACUGCGUGGGCGGCUACAACGCGGUGGAGUUCUUCAGCGCCGUGUGCAAGCUGGACCCCGUGACGCGCACCUGGCACAGGGUGGCGCCCAUGCACUCGCGCCGCUGCUAUGUGAGCGUGACCGUGCUGCAGGGCUGCAUCUACGCCAUGGGAGGCUUCGACGGCUACGCCCGGCUCAGCUCGGCCGAGCGCUACGAGCCCGCCGCCAACCAGUGGAGCCCCAUCUCGCCCAUGCACGAGCCACGGAGCGACGCCAGCGCCGCCACGCUGGACGGGAAGGUGUACAUCUGUGGGGGCUUCAACGGGGAGAGCUGCCUGUGUACAGCAGAGUGCUACAGCCCCUCCACUGACCAGUGGACCCUCAUCCCCCCGAUGAAGAAACGGCACAGCGGCCUGGGUGUGGUGGCGUACAACCAGGAGAUUUAUGCGGUGGGCGGUUUCGACGGGGUGAGUCGGCUCCGGUGCAUGGAGGUGUACGACCCGCUGGCCGACAGCUGGCGGCAGAUGCCCGACAUGAUCAUCGCGCGGAGCAACUUUGGAAUCGAGGUUCUGGACGACCGGCUGUUCGUCGUCGGGGGCUUCAACGGCUUCAGCACCACCUUCUACGCCGAGCACUUCGACCAGAAGACCAACGAGUGGGCCAGCAUCCAGGACAUGGGAGUGUUCCGGAGCGCCCUCAGCUGCUGCAUCGUCCACGACCUGCCCAACGUCGCCGAGUACGCUUUCCCUCGCAGGUCGGGGAGCCCCACCACUGAACUCUCCGCCGUCAAGGAGCUUACCCUCUGGUAGCUCUCCGCCUUCAACAAGCUUACCCUGUGCCUUCUGAGGCCCAAAUCUGCUGGGCGUAGGGGUGACCAAGGACACCAUCAUCCCACUCAUAGUUCUUCUUUCUGCUGCUGCAGUCAAAGUUAUUUUACAAAAUAAGAACUUGGUAAUAUGAUGCCAGAGAAGCAUUAAAGUCUUGGUCCACA